CAGAAACCAACCAAUCGCUGAUAAAGUAGGUAAAGGAAAGCGCGUCCCCGUCGGCAGCUGUGUUGCUCUACAGUGUGGAGAGCGCAUCUUGUGUUCGGUAUAUUUCCAUAAUACAGACCAACAGACACCUGCAAAAAUGUCCGAAGACAAGCCUAAGGAGGGAGUGAAAACAGAGAACGACCACAUCAAUCUGAAAGUGGCGGGACAGGAUGGCUCGGUGGUCCAGUUCAAAAUUAAAAGGCACACGCCACUCAGCAAAUUAAUGAAAGCAUACUGUGAGAGACAGGGCUUGUCGAUAAGACAGAUUAGAUUUAGAUUUGACGGGCAACCAAUUAACGAGACGGACACACCGGCGCAGCUGGAGAUGGAGGACGAGGACACAGUUUUAAUCCAAUUACGCUACACUGGUAUUCUAGAGACUGCCAAGAUUCGCAGACAGGGCUACUCUCAUCGCAUUCUCUUCAACAACUUCAUCGAAAGGUUGGACUGA